UGUGGGCACUCGUCUUCGUCGGAGGAACCCGGUCGAAGAGAAACCCUCGCGUCCAUCCCCGAGAUGGUGGUAAUCUCCAUGGCGUCCAGUCUCUUUCUUUGGUUCCUUCCAGGCGGAUUCUCCACGCAGGAGUCAAGGUGGAAGAACACCUAAAUCUGGAAAGUCCCUCGAACUGGUUAGCACUUGGAAUUGGUAUCAAAGUGGUGGUGGAAGAAACCAUGGGGGCUACAGUCUUGAUGAGUGGUGGUGGCGAUAAUGGAUCCCCAAGAUUGGGGUUACGUUCUUGCAUUUAAUGUGCUUUGGUUUUCAAUGGGGUCAACGUUAUCGAACAUAUAUCGACUACAUUUAGAUUGCAAAUGGGUACACAUUUGGCUGCAUUCUGUUGCUUAUGAGCAGCAUCUCAAGUGAGCUCAUGACUUAUGGUAAUCAUUAUUCGGAUUCAGGCAGGCAGUUGUGCGCUUUGUCAUGCCAGUCUCCGUAUUCAUGGAAUGAAACUUGGGUUGAAAGUUGAAAAUUAUGAAAAGACGAUGCUACUUGGGGGCAUCUAUCACUUGGGUAUUGGGAUUCUGAGCAUCGAGAGGACUCCGAGGACACAAGCCAUUCCUGUCUGGUCUCAUGUAACGUAAACCCUUGUGGCUUCUCCCAUGUCCCAAGCUGCUGCAUCACAAGGCAUCUUUGUACCACGAUGUACUCCCUUGGGCAUCGGCAAGCACUUGUUCUGAGGUAGUGGAAAAAGCCCACAGGAAAUGUUAAUGAUCGAGGAGGACUGCUGGUCCGAAUUCAGAGGCUGGGCACUGUGGAUUGACCAUUCAUGGUCCUUUUUGCGUCGUGGACAUUGAAGCCAAGAUGGAUUGAUUCUAUUCAAUCACCAACUCUGCAGGCUUUUUGCUAAAUGCUAUUGCUAUGACGAGUGGCCCAUGUACUUGUGGUACCCUCGUGAAUGUUGGGGACAAGCAAAAUGGUGUCGUCGUCUGCUGCCAAUUAUUUUAGCAGAAAAGGCGAUCAGUCAUGACUAGAAUGGGAAACAGUUGAUGGGAGGAUGGAGCCAAUGAAUGGGAUAGAUAAAGCAUCUUCCUUGACGUUAAGUUGGGUCGUCACCAUCUAAUUGCAAUCCUCGUCGGUACACUCUUUCCCUCGGUGAAGUCACAGUCACGUAAACCUACAUUUGAACUGGUGGUCGUGGACCACUGCAACUUUUGUCACUUGUAUAUCUCUUUUCUCUUUCUCAUGUAAUUAAUUCCGUGGCUCCUGCAAUUUGGUGCAGAUAUAUUAACCAGCCAGCAGUACACGAGACGAAAUGACCAGCUGAACCAAACGCGCGCCGGUGCUGAAAGCUCUCCCCGGACGCUGAUGGCUGCUUCCCCUUGUCUUUUGCCACCCCCACCCUCCCUCCUUUUCAGUGCUUGGUAGGCAGGAAAGCAAUGGAGCUUGAUGAGCAUGGCUUCUUGGAGGAGCUGCUUUCCCUGAGAAGAGAUGCAUGGGACUCCUUUCCGGCGGGAAUGGGCGAGUUCUUCUCCUGUGAAGGGAACAUGGACUGCUUCCAGCAGAGCUCUGCGCUGGUCCCUCCCAGCUUUACUGCCUUCGACGGCGGCGUCGCCAUGACCGUGGAUCCUAAUUUCGACUGCUUGAGCGAAUUGUACUGUCCGCUAGGCGGCGGCGUGUACACGGCGGCCACGACGGCGGCGCCGGAGAUCCAGACCUCGUCGGUCAGGUCGACGCUGGACGACGGCGAGCUCGGCCUCGUCCAUGGAGAGUGGCAGAGCGCGUGCAAAGUGGAGGUGGCGCAGUCCGGGGAGGCGCCGAGUAUGUUCGAACUGAGCGGCUGCGUGGAGAGGAAGCAGAAGAAGAAGCUCGAGGGGAUGCCUUCCAAGAAUCUAAUGGCGGAGCGGCGGCGAAGGAAACGGCUCAACGAUCGGCUAUCCAUGCUGCGAUCUGUUGUUCCCAAGAUCAGCAAGAUGGACAGAACAUCCAUUCUCGGGGACACCAUCGACUACAUGAAGGAGCUGUUGGAGAGGAUCAAGCGCCUGCAGGAGGAGAUCGACGGCAGCCCGGAGCAGGCGAGUCUACUGAGCAUCUUCAAGGAGUUGAACUCCAACGAGGCCUUGGUGAGGAACUCCCCCAAGUUCGAGGUGGAGAGACGAGACAACGACACCCGAAUCGAGAUCUGCUGCGCGGCCAAGCCGGGUCUGCUGCUGUCGACGGUGAGCACCCUGGAGCCGCUGGGACUGGAGAUCCAACAAUGCGUGGUGAGUUGCUUCAGUGACUUCGGCAUGCAGGCGUCUUGCUCCGAGGACAUGGAUCAGAGGGCAGUCGUAAGCGCCGAGGACGUAAAGCAGGCGCUCUUCAGGAAUGCAGGAUAUGGAGGAAGGUGUUUGUAGAAGAAGACGCAGCAGCAGAAUGCAGGGGCUUACAGAUGAAUAAUGCUUCUAUGUAAUGUUUUCCUUUGUAGCGAAGGUGAUUAGAUCAGUGUGUGAAGUGUGUUCAUCUACUUCACAUGGUGAUGAUGAUGGUCUGAUUGCUUCA